UGCCAGACGAUGGCCAGACCUGGCAUCAUUUCUUCACGCCAGUCGACCCCAACCGACCAACCCCAUGGUUCCCACCUCCACCAUCGACCGCCAGGGCAUCGAAUGCCAUGGUGAGCCCGACUCUCGAGAUGGACGAUGACAACGCCCUGGACGAGGCGGUCACCAAGCUGCUCGACGCUAUCCGGGAACCAGAGCCCUCGACUGAUGCUGCCGGUAUCUCGAGCCCAGACCACCCCCCGCCAAUACCCCAGAUCUCGUUCGACUUCGUCACCAGCGAGGUCGGUCAGGAGGGCGACAACUGGCGCCACAGCAGCCCGGACGUGCCCGUUGUGUCGAUGAACGAGACUGGGAUUGAGCACGGUGCAGAUGGUACCACGCAAGAUGGAGAGAUGCAGCUUUCGCCACCGGCCCAGCCUCUGCUGGACGAGCUGCCGCAGCUCUCAGAGAUAUCGCCUGACCGACCGACCGAGCCGACACCUCAAGACACACCCGGAACCCGUCUCGAGAUCGCCAUACCAGAAAUGCCGCCCGAGUUGCGCGCAGAAUACGACGACGUUUACAGCCAUAUCGUUGAGCACAUUGCGGAUGCGAUUCCUGGCCGAGGCAAAGUCGAAUACCGGGUCGAGAUGACUGAUGGCAGACAAGAGUUGAUAACGUCAGAAGAGCUGCUGCUUCUUGAGAACGGCUCCGAAGCGCUGCGAUUAUUCAACAACCGAAACAUGUCGAGCCGCAAACGCAAGCACGGUUCUGAGGAUGAUUGGGAUUCCGACGGGGACGAUUUGGAGUCCGAGGGCGGUGCCAUGGAUAUUGACAUGGACGAUGAAGAUGUGCCCCGACAACGGAGAUUGCGAGCUGGCCGCAGCUUGCGACUGCGGGCUCCCAGCUCCCGCCAGGCCUCUGCGCCCAAGUCCUUCUUGUCUGAUGAUGACAGCGACGGCGUGCUGAAUGAUCGAGCAACUCGCGAGACCCGCAAACUGCGGCAACGUCCACCCCAACCAGCCAGUCUCUACACCGCCAACACUAAGAGUGUCGUUGAUCUGGAGAACGAUGAGCUGGCACAUGACCCUCAGCAACCUUCGGAUCAAGAUGACGGCGACUUUCGCCCCGUCGUGUCGGACAUUUCGUACAAGAAGUCGCGGCGAGGCGUUGCCCUUCAACGCACCAACAGAAUUGGAAUCCAGAGACAGUUGGCGCGAUCGCGUGCGAAAGCCAAAACCGGUUCCGAUGGCUCCGAUAUUGAGUUCGAGCAGCCUCGCCGCUCCUCCAGGGCCACUAGAAACAUGUUUGACAUGCGAGACGAUGCCUUAAUGGACGAUGAGUCGUUCUACGUGGUAGAGGACAAGUUGCCUGGUGCUCCCAAGGUGGUAUCAGUUCGGGAAGUGUUCCAGCCGCUGCCCGCUGAUUCAACAUUUGGCACGGUGCAUAUGGCUUCUUGCCACACCUGCGGUGGAUCGAAGCAGCGUGGGCAGAUCGUUCACUGCCAAGGAUGCAGCCUCUCCUAUCACAAGCACUGUCUAGGAGUCCGAAGCCAACGAGAUCACCUCGUAACCAAGAUUGGAGAUGAAAGCUUUGUUCUGCAGUGCAGGUACUGCAUCAAUAUAUACCGAAAAAAGGACAAAGUAUCUCCGAGGCACAGCAUGUGCCAAACCUGCAAAGAAGCUGGCGAGGCUUGCGCGCCAUUCUCCCAGAAGAAGACUUCCCGCCAGGAAGAAAAAUUACGCGAGGAAAAUGGCGGCACGGAUCCCAUCACAACCGUCUCGCCAAGGUUGAUCAACAACAAGGAGGUGCUCCUAUUCCGAUGCGUCACCUGUCACCGAGGCUGGCAUCUUGACCACCUUCCUCGCGCCGGAAGUGAGCCGAUAGGAACGGAUGUCAGCUCGGAACGACUCAAGGACUACAUGGUUGACUGGCAAUGCAACGAAUGUAGCACGACAAAGCACAAGAUCCAUCGUCUGGUUGCUUGGCGACCGUCCACCCAGCCUGUGACCGAGGAGAGCCUCACUCUGCCGUACGACAGCCUGAGCGACGACGACAAGGAGUAUCUCAUCAAAUGGGAAACCCGCUCCUAUUUCCACUGCACGUGGAUGUCAGGUGCUUGGGUCUACGGCGUGUCUGCGGCCGGGAUGCGAACUUCCUUUGGCAAAAAGGAUGCCCAGCACAGUCUGCUCAGUCUGACAGAGAAGGAGGCAAUUCCCGAGGAGUACCUCUUGGCUGACAUUGUCUUCAACGUGAAGAUGAGGUCGAGCGCCCCUAGAGCCAAAUCCAAGACAGCCGAGCUGGAAAACAUCACCAGUGUGAGCAAGGUCUUGGUGAAGUUCCAGGGCCUAGGCUACGAUGAUGUCGUCUGGGACUCGCCCCCCACAGAGGAUAUGGGCGAGGCCUAUAGUGCUUUCCGAGAGGCAUACCACGAGUAUGUCGAAGGCAAAUACUUUCAAAACGAGCCAUGGCCCAAGAUCCGAGAGCGGAUCAAGGUGUUUCGGGCCGCCGACCUGGAAGAGGUUGAUGUUCAGCCUGCCGGCCUCAAGAGAGGAAAACUCAUGGGAUACCAAGUAGAGGGCCUUAAUUGGCUCCUGGGAAACUAUCAUGGCGAAAGGAGCGUCGUCCUGGCCGACGAAAUGGGCUUGGGAAAGACGGUCCAGGUUGUCAGUCUCGUAACGUACCUGGUCCAGGAAAAACCAAAGUGCUGGCCGUUUCUCAUCGUUGUUCCCAAUGCGACCUGCCCGAACUGGCGCCGAGAGUUCAAGCAGUGGGCGCCGGGUCUCCGGGUGGUCACCUAUCACGGCGGCCGGGAGCCGCAGGAGCUCGCGUACAAGUAUGAGCUGUUUCCUCACGGCUCCAGCGAUAUGAAGGCGCACGUCGUCAUCAUGUCAUAUGACUCGGCCCAGGACCCGAAAACGAAGGUUCUUUUCAAGAACGUACAUUGGACCGGGCUGGUGGUGGACGAGGGACAACGGCUGAAGAAUGAUCAAAGCCUGCUGUAUCUGGCACUGCGCGCCAUGAGAAUCCCCUUUCGACUUCUUCUCACCGGCACGCCUUUGCAAAACAACAAGCGGGAGCUCUUUAACCUCCUCCAAUUCAUCGACACGAGCCAGGAUGCUGCAUCGCUCGACGAGGAGUAUGCCGUGCUCGACAAGGAUACCCUACCAAGGCUGCACGAAAAAAUUCGCCCCUAUUUUCUGCGCCGCACGAAGGCGGGAGUCCUUAAGUUCUUGCCGCCGAUGGCGCAAAUUAUACUGCCCGUAACGAUGACGGUCAUUCAGGAGAAGCUGUCGAAGAGCAUCAUGGCCAAGAACCCACAACUCAUCAGAGCCGUGUUUGCCAACGACAAGAUGAAGAGCAAGGACCGCGGCAGCCUCAACAACAUCCUGAUGCAGCUACGCAAAUGUCUCUGUCAUCCUUUCAUGUAUUCGGAAGCCAUCGAAGAGCGACACCAUGACCAAGCGAUCCUACAUCGAAAUCUCGUGGAAGCGUCGGCGAAGCUUCUCCUGCUGGAGAUAAUGCUACCAAAGCUUCAGGAGCGAGGGCAUCGAGUGCUCAUUUUCAGCCAAUUCCUCCAGCAGCUGGACAUCUUGGAAGACUGUCUCGCAGGCAUGGGCUUUCAGUUCAGAAGACUGGAUGGCGCAAUGUCAAGCCUGGAAAAGCAGCGUCGUAUCGACUUAUUCAACGCACCAGACUCCCCGCUCUUCGCGUUUCUGCUGUCUACAAGGGCUGGUGGAGUCGGCAUCAACCUGGCGACGGCAGACACUGUCAUCAUUAUGGAUCCAGACUUCAAUCCGCACCAGGACAUUCAGGCACUAUCCCGAGCGCACCGCAUCGGCCAGAAGCAAAAGGUCCUCUGCUUCCAACUUGUGACCAAAGAUACCGUCGAGGAGCGUAUCAUGCAAGUGGGCCGCAAAAAGAUGGCUCUCGACCAUGCGCUGAUUGAGAGCAUGGACGACGACGACCUUGCUGGUGACGACUUGGAGUCAAUCUUGAAACAUGGCGCUCAAGCGCUCUUUGAUGAAAACUACCAGACGACGGCUAUACACUACGACGGCCCGUCGGUCGACAAACUCCUGGACCGCUCACAGCUGGAACAGACAAAGGCGGACGAAGAGGGCUCUGCCGACACGCAAUUCACCUACGCCCGCGUCUGGGCCAAUGAGAGGCAAGGUUUCGAUGACGGCUUGGGCACCGCAGAGGAUGAGGCCCCCGAACCCAUCAGCUCGGGCGUUUGGGAUAAGAUCCUGGCGCAGAGAGAGGAGGAAGCCCGACUCGAGGCAGAAGCGAACAAGGAGCAGUUGGGACGUGGUGGAAGACGCCGAAACGCCAUCAACUACAAAACCAACGCCACUCUCGAAGGCAUACCGCUGCCCGAGGGUGUCGAGCCGGAAUCCUCCGACUCUUCCGACGAGUUUGCCGGCGCCGAAUCCGCAGACGAGUCCGAGGACGAGGAUCUGGCCGCAAAAGGUAAACGGCGCAGACUCUCCAGCGUUCAAGUUCAAUCUCCGGCAGUGACCCCCAGCAAAAAAACAAAGUCGAGAUGCAGCGUUGACGCGAAGAAGCAGGCGGCGACCUUGAAGACGCCAUCGAGGCGAUACAACCCCCCAACUCCGGCGUCGCGAACGCCAGCAACGCCCCGAAGACGAAGCGCGCCAAAGCCUCAGAAAGCAAAGACUCCAGCGACACCAACGCCAAGAAGCCGAAAAGGGGCGAGCCAGGGCGCACGGGACCCGGUCAGCGUGAAACGAAAAAGGACGCAACAGGUCCUGUUGACGCCGACCCGAACCAGUCCAUCAAAGCACGUUACCGAAUCGGUACAGAGCGCGGGCAAGAGGCCUUCCCACCCUCAGCAGCCCACGUCGUCGGCCAGCCCCAGCAGCCCCGGUACCACAAUAACAACGCCCGGCCUGGAGGCAAUGGCAUCCCCAGCCACCACUAUCGCGCCGUCGGAGGAAGGUGGCCAGGGCAGCCCGUGCAGGGCCUGAUGACUGGAGGGACAUAUGGCAUUGCCGCGCCCGAUGGCUCGUUUGCUCCGUUUGAUCCGUUUGCUCCGCUUGCUCCGUACGUCGCAGCUAGGCCGAGGGCCCAACAGAGCAUGCUGGCGAACAACGUGGCAGCCGUAUAUAUGAAUCGCAGUCUGUCAGAGGCUGAGCUACGACUCGCCAUUGAUGAAGUGCGGCAUUCCUCAUCGGAGCCUGUCGCCAAACAACAAAGAAUUGAUGCCUUGCUUCACCAACUGAGGGUGUUGCGAAUGCAGAUGGGAACGGCGAGGCGAUGAGGGGGACAAGACUCUGGAGAGAUGCCAAUGAGGAAAGGAAGGAAUAAUGGCACUGCGACUACGACUACGACUGCGACUGCGACUGCAACUGCGACUGCAACUGCGACUGCGAAUAGAGGUCAGGGGCUGGGGCGAAAAUGGGUGAUGGUGAAACGGGCCACGACUCUACGAAGGAUAGAACAAUAGACGACGCCGCAGUGCAGAAGCCUAGGUCUAGUG